AAUGAACUUUGACCCAUACAAGACAAGAGACAUGACAGGUAAAAAUAAAAUCUCUCUCAGCAACAGUAGGCCAAACAAGGCGGAGAGAAAAUAGCUGUUAAUAUUACACAGUUCGCCCGAAAAACGCUACACUCUUCUCUCCUCUCCCUCCCUCCAAAAUCUCAUUUCCAAUCUCUCUAUCCCUCCUGAUUUGGCUCCAAUCCCUAAAACAGACAAACGGACUGAGAGAUUGGAAAAGUUAAAUAUAACUUUUCAAGAAAAAGCUAUGGAAACGACGACGGAGGUCACGGUGAGGAAGGCCGCUGUAGGUGAGAGAUCGGAGAGGGAUGGGUCAAAUACCAGCAGUGGCAGUGAUAAUAAUGUCAAUAAGGUUACUGUUGUAGAAGAGAAAAAGGAGAAGAAAGAGCGGUUGAACGAGAAGGAGAGAGAAAGUGAGAGAGGGAUUUUGGAAUAUUUCGGUUGGGUUUAUCAUUUAGGUACGAAUUCUAUUGGUCAUGAGUAUUGUCACCUCAGAUUUCUGUUCAUUAGAGGCAAAUAUGUGGAGAUGUACAGGCGUGAUCCUCACGAGAAUCCUGGCAUUAAACCUAUUAGGAAGGGUGUAGUAGGGCCUACACUAAUGGUGGAGGAGCUAGGGCGUCGAAAGGUUAAUCAUGGGGACCUCUAUGUUAUGCGAUUUUAUAAUAGACUGGAUGAAUCAAAAAAAGGAGAAAUUGCUUGUGCUACUGCUGGAGAAGCUCGAAAAUGGAAGGAGGCAUUUGAUCAUGCAAAGCAACAGGCUGAAUAUGAGCUCUUAAGAGGAGCUAGUGCCAGAGACAGGCUAAACAUGGAGGCUGAGAUCAAUCUAGAGGGACAUCGGCCUAGAAUGAGGCGUUAUGCACAUGGCUUAAAGAAGCUUAUAAGAAUAGGGCAAGGUCCAGAGAUGCUUUUGCGUCAAUCCUCAACUUUGGAUGCCACUGCCAAGUCAGAUAGAUUUUAUGAGGGGGAAAUUGGAGAUGCAAUUGAAGCACAUGAAUGGAAAUGUGUGCGCACAGUAAAUGGUGUUCGAAUCUUUGAGGAUGUUUCUAACUCCAAGAAUGGUAAAGGUGUUCUUGUCAAAGCUGUUGGUGUUAUUGAUGCCACUGCAGAUACUGUCUUUGAAGUCAUUUUAAAUGUUGAUCGGCAUCAGAGAUAUGAGUGGGAUACUUUGACAAGUGACUUAGAGGUGUUAGAUUCCUACGAUGGACACUAUGAUGUUGUCUAUGGGACAUAUGAUCCAAAAUAUCUUACUCGGUGGCAAUCCAAAAGAGAUUUUCUUUUCUCUAGGCAGUGGUUUAACGGCCAAGAUGGAACAUAUACAAUCUUGCAAUUUCCAGCUGUAAAUAAGAAGCGACCUCGUAAAUCUGGAUAUCGACGUACAAAAAUCAACACUUCAACGUGGGAGAUCAGAAAUAUAAAUACACCCAUGGGUUCAAACACUGUGAGAUGUAUUGUGACGCAAACGUUAGAGAUACAUCAUGCAGGAUGGUUUAGAUGGAAGGCUAAUCUCUGCUCAAAGUUUGAAAAGACUAUUCCUUAUGCAUUACUGUCCCAGGUAGCAGGUUUGAAGGAAUAUGUUGGAGCGAAUCCUGCACUGAAAUCUAAAUAUGCCACUACAAUUGUCCAGUCAAAAGUUUCGGAUGAUUCCACUUCUGGUAGUGAAUAUGAGGAUGCAGAAGUUAAGGAUCAAUUCUAUGAUGCAAUUUCUGCUGAUUCAUCAUCAGAAGAGAGUGAUGAUGAGGAUCAAUUAGGCAAUAAGGAAAAGAAAGUGAAAUUGAAGAAUGUUUCUUGGGCCAUUGCAAGCUUAAAAUUGAAGCGAACUUCAGGUCUAGAUGCAAAUAAGGAAUUGGAUUCUAGCCAAGACCCAAUCAAUAUUGAUCUAAGCGAAUUCGACGGUUCCCUACCCAAAGGUAAGGACGAGAAGGAUUCAAGUUGCUGGACUUCUCCAAGGGGAAUGGGAUUUAUGAUUAGAGGAAAGACGUACCUAAAGGAUAACUCAAAGGUCAUGGGCGGGGAUCCACUUCUCAAGCUCUUAGCUGUUGAUUGGUAUAAAGUUGACAGCACCCUAGAUAGAGUUUCAUUGCAUCCCAAGAGUCUAGUACAGUCGGAGGCUGGGAAGAAGCUCCCAUUUAUCCUUGUCAUUAAUCUCCAGAUUCCGGCAAGGCCAAACUACAGUAUGGUACUCUACUAUGGUGCAGAUAGGCCAGUAAAUAAAAGUUCUUUAUUGGGUAAAUUUAUUGAUGGGACAGAUGUGUUCCGGGAUUCAAGAUUUAAACUAAUUCCAAGCAUAGUUGAGGGGUAUUGGAUGGUCAAGCGUGCUGUUGGGACAAAAGCUUGCCUUUUAGGAAAAGCUGUAACCUGCAAAUACCUCAGACAAGACAAUUUUCUGGAGAUAGAUGUAGAUAUCGGAUCAUCCUCUGUGGCGAGGAGUGUCAUUGGGCUUGUCCUCGGAUAUGUCACAAGCAUAGUUGUUGAUCUUGCAAUUUUGAUAGAGGCAAAAGAAGAGGCAGAGUUGCCUGAGUAUAUUCUUGGGACUGUUCGAUUGAAUCGCGUGAGGCUUGACUCUGCUGUACAUUUGGAGGUUUAGGGUUCUCAUUUUUCAACAUUAAUUCUUUAUUCAUCACACUCUGGAUGGUUAAUGUUAUUGAUUAGUCCAAUGUGAAUUGGUCCUAAGUGGGAGGAGCUCGGUCACCUUAAACAAGUGAUUCUAAGUUCGAUCCGGAGCUUUAUGUAUGAGAAAAAUUUACUUGGGAGAAGUCCUGCUUUAGCGCUUGACAGUUCCUCGAGGAGACUAGUCUACGCCUUUCGGGUGGAGAAUACUCCUGCUGCAUGCCAAAAAAAAAAAAAAAAA